AUGUACCAGCAAAUCGCGUGCCACGAUGGGUUCAGGGUGUUGAAGCUGCCGUACAAGGCGUACAACGACGACAGCCCGCCGGCGUACAACUCCAAGCUGCGGGAGGGCCUCCCGGAGUUCUCCAUGUGCGUCUUUCUCCCCGAGGACUGCGACGGCCUGUGGAGCUUGCUCGACAGGAUCACGGCCCGCCCAGAGUUCCUACACGAGCACCUGCCGAGGGACCAUGUCCCUGUCGGCAAGUUCCGGCUGCCCAAGUUCAAGCUGACGUACAUGAGCAGCAUCCGCGGCGUUCUCAAAGACCUGGGCCUCCGGCUGCCCUUCGAUCCCCUUCUGGCCAACAUGACCGGGAUCGUCGGGGACGACGAGUCGGUCGUGCCGCUGUGCGUAAGCGAGGUUGUCCACAAGGCGGUGGUGGAGAUGAACGAGGAGGGGUGCGAGGCCGCCGCCGUCACCGUGGAGUCAGACGACGACUUGGGGUUCUCGCUUUACUGCGAUUACGAGUACGUGCCACCACCUCCAACAGUGGACUUCGUCGCCGACCACCCGUUCGCCUUCUUCAUCGUUGAGGAGACUUCAGGCACCGUUGUCUUCGCUGGGCAUGUGCUCGAUCCUACCAAGGAAGAGUAG